AUGGCACCCCAACUCGACUCGUACUUCCAGCAGGUGGACAGAUUGCAGGACAAGUUCAUCGACCGGCUGCGAGAAGCUGUUGCGAUCCCUAGCAUCAGCUCCGAAGAUGCCAAGAGACCCGACGUAGUGAAAAUGGGUGAAUGGCUGGCCGCCCAGAUUCGCGCCCUCGGUGGUACCGUUGAGCUCCGUCAACUGGGCAAGCAGCCUGGCCACGAGCACCUCGACCUCCCCCCCUGCCUCCUCGGCCGCUACGGCGACGACCCCAAGAAACGCAACGUCCUCAUCUACGGCCACUAUGACGUACAACCGGCGCAAAAGUCCGAUGGCUGGGCAACGGAUCCCUUCACCCUCUCCAUCGACGACAAGGGACGCAUGUUUGGACGAGGCAGCACCGACGACAAGGGGCCAGUUCUGGGUUGGCUGAAUGCAAUCGAGGCGCACCAGAAGGCAGGCGUCGAGCUACCGGUCAAUUUGAUAAUGUGUUUCGAGGGCAUGGAGGAGAACGGGUCUGAAGGGCUGGAUGAUACCAUCAGAGCCGAGGCGAAGGGUUUCUUCAAGGAUGCGGAUGUUGUUUGCAUCUCGGACAACUACUGGCUAGGGACAGAGAAGCCGUGUUUAACAUAUGGCGUUCGAGGCUGCAACUACUACUCUGUCGAAGUCUCGGGCCCGGGACAAGACCUCCAUUCCGGUGUAUAUGGCGGCGUCUCGCACGAGCCCAUGACCGAUCUGAUCAGGAUCAUGGACUCCUUCGUAAACCCAGAUGGAAAGAUUCUCGUCAAGGGGAUCGAUGACUUAGUUGCUCCGUUGACCGACGCGGAGGCCGCGCUGUAUCCCCCGAUUGCCUUUACCAUGCAAGAUUUGUAUCAGUCGCUGGGCAACGAGGUUGCCAUUCACGCCAAUAAAGACCAGGCACUCAUGCAUAAGAUGCGAUACCCGUCCAUCUCACUACACGGUAUCGAAGGUGCCUUCUACACUCCCGGGGCUAAGACCGUCAUCCCUGCCAAAGUCAUCGGAAAGUUUUCUAUCCGCACAGUGCCUAAUAUGGAGAUCGAUGACGUGACCAAGCUUAUUCAGAAGCACGUUGAAGAGGAGUGGGCGAAGCUAAAUUCAAAGAAUAAGAUGAAGUUCAACGUUGUGCACUGCGGUAAGUGGUGGGUAGAGGAUCCGAAACACUGGAAUUACACGGCAGCCGCGAAGGCGGUGGAGAGGGUGUUUGGAGUCAAGCCGGAUAUGACGAGGGAAGGAGGCAGCAUUCCAGUAACGCUCACUUUCCAGGAGGAGCUCGGGAAGAACGUGCUUCUAUUGCCGAUGGGAAGCUCGACGGAUGCAGCGCACUCGAUCAACGAGAAGCUAGAUAAGAGGAACUACAUUGAGGGUAUUAAGCUAUUGGGAGCCUAUCUGCACUAUGUGGCUGGGGAGCCUACGAUGUAA